GCAAUAAGAGAAAAUGGCAGCUGAUAUGAUUAGUGAGUUACAGCAAGCUCGUGAUGCAUUAAAACAAAACAUAAUUGCUGUUGAUGAAACUAUAAAAAAGCUAACAGGUCGUGACCCUGCAGAGCAUACAAGAUCCACAGGAAGAAGAAUACAACUAAAGAGAAAUUCAUAUGGUGAUAAAUUCGGCAACCAUCAACCUCCUGCUAAGUUAGCAAACACUGAAAGAAGGAGAUGGGGAACAACCCUUAACCGUGAAAAGCGGUUGGACAGUGGUGGUGAGGAAGAAGAAGAAAAAAAGCCCGCUGUUCAUUCAUCGGUUGUGGUUACCGGAAAGCCUGUGUUGCAAUCAUCAGUUAAAGAAGAUGUUAUCACUAAAAAUAGAAAUCGUCGUAUGUUUGGAUUAUUAGUUGGAACAUUAAAACAGUUUAAGCGUGAGAGUCAAGUUAAAACAGAACAGGACUCAAAGCGUGAAGAAAAAUUGAGUAAAGUUGAAGAUCAAGUUCAGAAAGAGAAAGAUAAUGCUCUUAUAGAAAGAAAAGAAUUGUAUCAAUCAAGAAGAAAUAAACAACUUGAACUAAAGCAGCUAGAAUUUAAAUUGGAAAUGGCAAAAUUAAAUCUAGAACUAAAAGAUCAUUAUUCAAAGUUUAAAGAUUUUAUUCAAUUAAAGUCAACUCCACGUAUAUUUUAUAAACCUGCUACCCACAAUAAAAAAACCACUGCGCUUUUGGAAGAAUCACAAAAGUUUUUGAAUGAAUCACUUGAGCAGCGUCUUAAAGAGAUAGAUAUGUUCACAGAAGCUGAUUUCUUACCUCCUACACGUAAAGCUCUUGGUAAAACUAAUAAAGAUCCGAUUGUCAUUUCAGAUGCUAAGCCUGCCAAUCAAAGAGAUUUAUUUGCAGAAGAUGCAGAUAACGAAGAAAGAGAAAAAGAUUCUGUUGUUGACAUGAAAGAUGAUGAUGAUAUAUUAGAAAUAAUUGAUAAAAAUCAGGUUUGCGAUAUUGACGUUAUUAAAUCUGACACCUAUGAUGUUGAUGUUGUAAAAUCUGGAAGCUUUGAUGUUGUUGAUGAACGAAUUGUUGAACUAGCUGAUCAUUCAGAGGAGUCUAGAGAUCAGGUAAGUAUAGAGGAAUAAGAAGCUUUGAUUAUUAAACUUUCAAAAAGUGAGUAAAUAUGUUCAAGGUUUUUGGUGAUAAAAUUUUUAAAGGUUUUUUAAUCUAAGCUAGGAAGCUUUUUUGAAAGUUGGCAGUAGUAAAGAUGUCUACUGUAGGUUGUUUCGAAUUAUGGAAGACUAUUUUCAUUUCUUGCAAGCAACAAAUUUUAUAUUAUGAUAAGUCAAUUGUACUUUUACAAUAAAGAAUAAACUUGAUUUCAAAUA